AUGAAGUAUCUACCAGUGCAAGACUUCGAAGCGGUGACGGGCGCCCUCAACUUCAACACACCCGACUGCAACGUUACAGGCGGUUGCGAUCUUUACACGACAAAGUCAACAGGUUCCGACAAGAAGCUCUACAAGAACAUCGAUAAGGAUCUCAACUCGCAACAUGAAGCCCUCCUCAAGCUCGGCGCCAGCCUAUCACCACCAGAACGUGCGCAGAUGCUGGCCACCUCACCGAGCAUGCAACUAUUUUCACACUCGAGCGCCUUCGGUCCUCUAUCAGAUCUUUCAAGUCGUCGGACAUUUGCGUACCUGAUCGCGACGCUAAAUGCCAGUCAUCCCCAUUACGAUUUCUCCCACGUUCUUCGGCCCAACGACUUUAAGCGCGAGCGAAACCUGCGCCGCGUCAUGGUCAACCUAGAUUCGAUUCUCCAAAACGUGAGGCCAAACUUUGAGCCCCAGUCGCUCGGCUCCUCUCUCGGUAGCGACACAAGUUCCAACUGGGGACCCCAAUGCUGGUCAUUGAUCGACAAGGAAAUGCACCUUAACGAGUGUACAAUCUUCAGUUAUCACCCCGACACCGAUCCGUUUGAGGAGGACGAGAGCGCCAUCUGGGCCGCGCACUACUUCUUCUUCAACCGAUCCCUGAAGCGUGUGGCAUAUCUCUACGUGCGCGUAGUACCUGUCAUCUCAUCCCACAGCCCGACACUCCGGCCUACGAACCUGGCAAGGAACCACAGCAACCGACAAGAGCUCGAAUCAGCUGGUGCGCAGAAGCGUGCCAACUACUGGCUUGGUGACCGAGAUGCUGAGCUGGUGCCGUACACGGAAGACGACGAGGACAUGGACGACGGAUUGUUCUGGAACAGAGGGGAAGAUGGCGAUCUUGUUGCCUAUUCAGAUGACGAGUUUGACGACGACAUUGACGACAUGGACAUGCUCGACAGAAGCAACGAGAGGUUCAUGAGUGAAGACAUUGCCGGCCGGAUGGAGAUUUAGGCCAACUCCGUCAUCGACACGGCUGUUGCGCUGUAGCUCUUGAGCUGGACGGCUUUUUGGCCACAUUCGCAUUUGAUUGCUUUCUUUUUCGACAAUUCGACACCUCGACAAUUCAACACUUCGACACUUCGACACCAAACGCCGUCUUAAUCUCAACAACGGUCGUCCGCUUGCGAACCGACGCGACACGGCACGGACAAGGCCAAACAGUACACGAUUUUCCCGCUCUACUUCUCUGUUGACGGACCUUGAUUGCGUCCGAACUUGUUUUUGUUUCCUUGGACAUGUUGAUUUCCUAUGUAUGAAGGCGUGGCGCCUGGGCAGGCUUCUGGUCGGUGAGAGCCGCUGGGGUUCCGCGACACGAGGCGUUUUCGGGGGCUCGCUUUCAAACGCGCGGCGGUACAUGUGUGCUUGCUUUCCCUGGUUGCUCUGGCGUGUUUUCUUCCUUUUAUUAAUUCUCCUUCGUCCGUGUUGUUGACUUUGUCUGUGGCUAUUGUUUCUUUCUCUCUUCUCAGCUGUGUUCUUACCGGUUCUUCUUCUCGUUUCUAUUCGUCUGUCUGUAUCUUUUUGGUUCACGACCCGGGAUGGCUAUGCAUGGAAUGGAUGUGUUGGUGGGUGGGUUAUCAUGGAGACUCCUACAGGAUGGAGUUCUCUGGUUUGGGAAAUUCGCCCCGCGGUGAGGGAGAGCGGAUGAAAUGAAAGUGAUGAAGUCAAUGAAACGGGCAGGGACUGGGUCCCUUGAUGGGCAGGGUCGAGUAAGGGGUCAGGCUGGUUGAUGCUUUGCUCUGACACGGGGAUGGACUCCAAAAAAUUCACUCCAUUUCAAGUUC